CCAUUUCUUCAAUCUCUACAUCUCACAAGUGGGUUCGAAGCUAGUGUCCAGCUUAAGAACGAAGCAUCAAUGGCGACCGUGAAAGGCGGCACAAGACCGCCGUGGGUGGGUCUGGGAGCCGCCGUGUGGGUGCAGAUAGCGUCCGGAAAUGCCUACAACUUUCCUCUCUAUUCUCACUCUCUGAAAUCGAUUCUGGGUUUUAACCAGCACCAGCUCACCAUGCUUGGCGUUGCCAACGACAUCGGAGAGAAUGUGGGUCUGCUCCCCGGCUUCGUCUGCAACAAGUUCCCGCCAUGGGUUGUUCUUCUCAUCGGUACUUUUGCUUGCUUCUUCGGCUAUGGCCUUCUUUGGCUCGCCUUCACCGGUACCAUUGAGCCCCUGCCUUACUGGUUGGAGGUCAAUAUCGACAGUGUGUGUCAGGAUUGGUCAUAAAGAUACGUGGCUGGGUCUCUACCAAUCUCGGUCUUGGGAUGUUCUAGAGAGUUUUUGCUUGGCGGGCUUGAGUUAGGGUUCACUAAGUGGAUUCCUACCCGUUAGCUUUUUCUUAAGUUGCUCAAGUGUCUGCGUGUCAAUAAUGAUGUGUUCCUUUCUUUCUUCUCACCCGAACCAUGUGUCAUCGUCUGAUUUGUUCAAAUAAUACAUCUUAUUUAUCAUCAAUUGAAAUGCUAUAUGUCAAUCUAUUAUUGAAAGAUGACACCUUGCAACAUUCUAUCUCCCUUCCAAUAUCGUCUGAUUAUUCUUCACAAGGGACUUUUUUUAAGGCUUUAGAGACUGGAACAUCUCUCUCUCCACUUUGGAUUCCUUCUAGUUCAGGGGAUCCCUACAGCAUCAGAAUAUCUUCGCCCGCCACAAUCCACGCUUGAGCUUCUUGGGAAUUGCCUAGCUCUCCUCUCUGGGCCCUCUCUUGAACACCCAUUACUUGUGCACAAUAGAGCUUUCCUCCCUCCUCAAGAAUCUCCUCCACAGUACUUAAAUUGUGACCCCUAUAAAGUGGAUGACAUGAACGGGGUUGUUGAAGAAAUUAAUUGAAUCGAGUGUCCUGGCUAUUGAAGGACUAUGACCUCACUGCUAGUGGUUUUAUUGUCUUAGGGAACAAUAGCAGUUUCAAAAGAUGCGAAUAUUUAAAAUUCUAAUACAUCAUCCUUGGUGAUUUUUAAUAAUUUUGGUUUGGAUCAGGCUGGAAACUUGGAAUCCAGGGAGUUCAAUACGCAUUGUGGCUUCAGCCAUGCAAGUGGCCACCUCUGUCAAUGCUCAAUUUCAUGGUUACAAUACAUGUUGCUUUGGACAUGAGCACCAAACAAGGCAUUGAACGGACUGACAGAAGAGGUUUUUUUAAAGAGUUCUAGUAAAUUUGGACUGCUGGAAUAUGAUUUAAUGAUGCAAACAAAUUCAGUUCUUGAAGUCGUGGACAAGGAAGUUUUUGGCACAAUUUUGAGUCAAGGUUCCAGAGCUGGAGAAUAUGCAUGUUUGAAAAAUGAUCUUUCGAGUAGAUUAAAUUAUGCAUCUAGUGGACUGUAUCAGAAAAUAGAGUGUUUUUGAACCAACACUUUAAACUGUGGCCUUUGCCUUGUUUCUCUUCAGUUCUAAUAUCUCCAUGAGUGGUGAACUGUAUCUUUUCGACUCCAUAUCUUUAUAGUUGUGAGAUAUCCCUAUCUUUAGAGUGUUAUGGUUUGCACUUUGUGUUGCUACAAAUAGUAGUGCUUGGUUCAGUAUGGGAGUGCUUGUUACCAAUAUGAGAAACUUCCCUCUCAGUCGUGGCACUGUUGCAGGUAUUCUCAAGGCUUAUGGGGGGCUCGGUGCUGCAGUAUACACUUAAAUUUACAGUGUAGUACUUCAUAAUUCCUCUUCUAAGCUCUUGGUGUUCCUUGCGCUUGGGCUUCCUUUACUCUGCUUCAUCAUGAUGUAUUUUGUUAGGCCUUGUAUUCCAGCCUCUGGGGAAAGCUCUGCAGAGCAUGGCCAUUUUUUAUUUAUCCAAACUGCCAGUGUUGUGCUUGGCUUAUAUCUCCUCACAACUACAAUAUUGAAUGACAUGCUUUCUUUGAGUGCUCCCAUUUCCUAUAGUUUUCUUGGUAUAAUGGUUCUCCUGCUCAUGGCUCCACUUGCAAUACCAAUAAAGAUGACAUUAUACCGCCUGAAUCCCAGCAAAUCAAGGAUUCAAGGAGAAGGGAGCUUGGAAAAAGUAGAACCAUUGUUGACGACAUCUUCAUCAACAGGAAACCUUGGGAUCUUUCACCAGAGAGAUGAUGUGUUGGAAAUUGAUAUGCUUCUUGCUGAAGGAGAAGGUGCAGUGAAGAAGAAAAGGAGACCCAGAAGAGGGGAGGAUUUCAAGUUUGGUGAAGCUUUAGUCAAGGCUGAUUUCUGGCUUUUGUUCCUUGUACACUUUGUUGGGGUUGGUACUGGGGUAACUGUUCUCAAUAACUUGGCCCAGAUUGGGAUCGCCGGAGGCAUGCAUGACACAACAAUCCUUUUGUCUCUCUUCAGCUUUUGUAAUUUCAUUGGCCCCCUUGGUGGGGGUUCUGUUUCUGAACAUUUUGUCAGAUCAAAAGCAAUCCCUCGGACAAUUUGGAUGACAUGCACUCAAGUAAUCAUGAUCAUUACCUAUCUUCUGUUCGCUUCCACUUUUGAUGGUGCCCUUUAUGCUGCGACUGCAUUACUCGGGAUUUGCUAUGGGGUUCAAUUUUCCAUUAUGGUCCCAACCACCUCUGAGCUUUUUGGUUUGAAGCAUUUUGGCAUAUUUUACAAUUUCAUGUUGCUAGGAAACCCUCUUGGUGCCCUCCUUUUCUCAGGCCUCCUUGCAGGAUAUGUAUAUGACAAUGAAGCAGAAAGGCAGCAACCGUAUGGUUCAGAAGUGUCCUGCUUGGGUCCAGACUGCUUUCAGCUCACCUUUCUGGUCCUGGCUGGUGUUUGUGUUGUGGGUGCAAUCUUGAGCAUAGUUCUUACAAUUAGAAUAAAACCCGUAUAUCAAAUGCUAUAUGCAGGUGGUUCCUUCUGGCUUCCACAGAAUCCAGACAAUUGAGAUGAUUAGAUUGGAUUUUGAGACUCUUGAGAUCCUCCUAGAUUUUCCAUUUUAUUUGAGCAUGCCACAGUAUUGCUAUUACGGCUUUAGUAAGUUCAAGUUCCUUGAACCUGCGAAUUCAAUACAACCAUACAGUUAACUAGGCUCUUAUUUUGCAUUUUAUCCUCCUUGUGAUAUUCAGGGACUUGUCUUUAUAUCCUUAUUAGUGUACGUGAUUAAGCAAUCAAGAGCAUGAUAUGAUCGAACAUUGCUACUUCUGAGCA